AUGACAUAUUGGGAUGAGAAGAUGAAAGGAAUAUGGUCUGGACUUAUCAUCCCUCCUUAUAUAGGGAUUGGCUCUGAAGCAAACCAUAAUAAAAGAGUUGAUUACCACUGGCAACCCCCAGAUGUGGGAUGGUAUAAGUUGAACUUUGAUGGGGCCUCUAGAGGCAACCCAGGGGUGGCAGGUAUUGGCUUCUCUAUCCUCAAUUGGGAGGGCAGGGAGAUAACUCUGAAAUCUCAUCCAAUAGGCCACAAAACUAAUAAUUGGGCCGAAUUAGCGGCUUUGUUGGAAGGGUUGAAAAUUUGCAAGGUGCUGGAAGUGGAGAAGUUGGAGAUUGAGGGAGACUCUGCUAUUAUUAUCAAAGCCUUUAGGAAAGGGAGUAUGCCUAAUUGGAGACUCAAUGCACUACUUGCAAGAGCCAUUUCUUUGAGAAAUUUUUUUAGAAGAUUAACGGUUAAUCAUAUCUUUAGAGAAGGAAACAAAAGGGUUGACGAGUUAGCCAACAUGGGGGCUGAUGGCAAAGAACUUCCUUGA